UCCUCCCAGUCACAUGACCACGUGUCACGGGCCCAGAGCAUGCUGGGAGUUGGCAUACAAAUACAAGCUGAGCUGUAAUGGAGCCUUCCCUGAGACUCGGGGAGACACUCGGCCGAUUCACCGGCUGCUCUUAGGGACUGACUGACGCUCCCCGGUCUCUUGUCUCGUGAAACAGAUCAGCCCGAGUGCUUCGUGAGCUUACACUUAGUCUGAAACUGGGGGAGAAGUGCUGAAGCAUAAUGACGUCACACAGCGGCAAGAUGGAAGCGUUACUCUGCUGGGUGAACAGCCUGAAGGUGGAUGAACCAAUUAAGAGAUUUUCACAGCUGCAGGAUCUGAGCAUUUUGCUGAAAGUUGUUGGUGUAUUAUCUGGGAACUCUGAGGAAACUGCUCCAGUCCUACAGCAGAAUCUAGAGCAACGGCUGAACUGCCUGUGUUCCUCCUUACAAAGGUAUUGCCAGACUGGCUCCUCCGCUCAAAACUUAGUACAAUGGCAGAAGAUUCUUCAGGGGGAGAACCUGGAAGUGGAACUCUCGAAGGUAAUUGUCAUUCUCUUCUAUUAUUCAACCAUGAGUUCCAAAAACCCAAGGAAAUCGGAGGAUAUUGAUCAUAAAACUCAGACAGAGCUGGCCUCCAUCUUGCGCUUUGUGCUGGAUAAUGAAGAUGCUCUCUGUCUGGAUGACAAACUUAUCAACUUCUUGAAGAGGAAAGCACCUUUUGCAUCCUCAGGCGAUGAUCCGUCCAGUUCCUCCGAUGCCAUGACUCCUAAUGUAUCCCACAGGCGGAAGAGCGAAGUGAGAUUUCUGCAGCUGCAUAGUGUAGCUUCUUCAUCUACUGUGAAAAGUUUGUCAGCAGACUCCCCAUCUUCCCCAAUGAUUGAGGUGCUGCAUACACCUCAGUUCCAGAUGAGGCGCCUGAAGAAGCAAUUGAGUGAAGUGCGGGAAUGCAGAGAUGAACUAGAGGUAGAGCUGGCCGAGAACCGCAAAAACCUGGCAGAGAAAGAGGCUCAGAUUUCCCUCCUACAGCAGCAGAUUGAAAACCUUCGAAUCUUAAGGGAGAACCAGACUGAGCUUCAGGAACCCAAAGAGCUGGAGGAACUUCGAGAGAAGAACGAGAGCCUGAUGAUCAGACUUCGGGAUACCCUUAAGCAGUGUCAGGAUAUGAAGGCUGACAAGAAACUACUGGAACGCAAGAACGAUCAGUUGGCUGAAGAAAAUGGCGAGCUCUCUUACAAGGUGCGUGACUUAUCUAAUCGCUUGGCACAACUGCAGGAGGCUCUCUAUGAAACUACAGAGGAACAGGAGCUUUCUCUGAGUAACUGGCAGCAGAAACAGAACCAGUUAGAAAGUGAACUCAGUGGUGCAGUUGGUGAAAAGAAAUAUUUGGAAGAGCAUAACUUAAUACUGCAGGGAAAAAUCUCAAUGCUUGAGGAUCAGCUAAAGGAGAUGGGGGAGAUAGACAUGCCAGAGACAGGGGACUGUAUGGGUGACAUCCUCAAGCUGGAUGACUUGAAACAAGAGUUAGCUGUGCUCAACACACAAUGUCUCAGUCUAAAGGAACAGAUCCAUCAAAUGGAAGAGGAAAAGAGCACUGCAGAAGUUGAGAUGGAGGCACAGAAGUCCAGAUUUGAAUCCGAGAAAGGUCAGCUACAGGAAAUUGUCACUAACCUGCAGACUUCAUUGUCAGAAAUCACAUUUCAGAAGGAGAGGCUAGACAAUGAGGCCAGAGCACAGCAGGAGCAUCUGAUGUGCCAGAUUACAACUUUAAAACUGGAGAUUUCCAAGCUAAAGUCUUCCCUGGUGCAUAAGGAUGAAGAGCUAAAAGGCAUUCACCAUAAAGUAGAAGAAGAGAGAAACGAAAAAAAUCGGCUUUUGGAAAACUUCAAAAUGCUGGAAGAAUCCUCAAAAAAGAACAUGCAGGAGCUUAUUCACAAAGUGGAGAAUCUUGGUAGCUCUUUGAAGGUUUCUGAGGGCAAUCUGAUUGGAAUUACUCAACAGCUGGAGAGCAAGACUAAAGAGGUUGACUAUUUAAGAGAACAACAGCAAAAAAUUCUUUGUGAAAGAGAUUCCACUCUUUCAACACUCAAUGAGUACAAGUGCAAAAAAGAUGAAGAGUUCAGUGUUUUAAACAAGACCGUUAAAACACUGGAGCAAGAUCACCAAACUAGCCUUUCUGUUAUAGAGAAGCUGAAAAGCGAGAAGGAAGAAUUGGCAUCCAAGGUACAGGAUCUGGAUGCAAAAAUUUUAGAUCUUAUUGCUAAAUGCCAGAAUUUGGAUAGUGAGAAUGAUUCACAGAGCAAAUCUCAUGCAGCCACUGUGGAGUCUCUAAAGGCACAGCUUUCAGAGCAGGAGAGUCAACUAAAAAUAUAUCAGAAGAAGGUGUCCUCCAAUGAGUUGGUAUCUGAAGAAAAUUCAAAGCUAAAAGAUCAACUCCUGUCUGUGGAAGAAAGUCUGAGGCAUCUUAGGGAACACCUGGAGAAAGAAAAAACUAAGUUUGCCGCUUCUCUUGAUGCUGACCGUAAAAAAAUUUCCGACCUUGAAAAGGAGAUGAAGAAGUUAAGUGAAAGUAGAGAUGAAGCGCUGCGUAACCUUGAUGAAGAAAGGACCGCUGGAAAGAAGAUUGAAUCUCAGCUCAAGCAUUUAGAGGAAAAGUACCAAAAAGCAAAUGAAAGCCUGCAGGCAAAAUUGGCAGGAUCUUGUGCUGCCAUUAAACAGCGAGAAGAAGAGAGGGAUGAGUUGUCUAAGGUAGUUGAUAUCUGGAAGGCCAAAUAUGGAGAGUCUCAGCAGAAGAUCGCUCAGAAUUCCUGCCAGAUGCAGGAACAAAUUGAAGAGCUGAAAAACGCUCAUGCUGAUGCUUACCAGAAACUGGAGAGAGAAAGGAGCAAAGUCUUGAUGAUAGAAGCCCAAGCAGGUGAAGCCAAGUCUUCUCAUCUGGAGGAGAUAAAUCAGUUAGAGGAUAAAUUGUCUGAAGCCAACACUCGUAUCAAAGAGAGAGAAGUUGAAGAGAAGAAGCUUCUCUCUGCUCUCAACUCUGCAGAAGAAAAACUCAAGAUUGCUUAUCAAGAGGAAAGUGAGCAUCUUUCCCAUCUAGAAACAGGCUUAAGCAAUGCAAAUCAUGACCUGGAUUGUCUAGCCAAAGAACUGUCUGAUGAGAAGCAUAAGAAAGCAGAACUUGAAGCCAUGGUGAAAGAGUUAAAAGAGCAAAAUUCUGAAAGAAUAGCAUCCCUGGAAUCUGAGUUGAAAACCAGUUUAGCUGCUGUCAAAAACGGUGAAUGUGAAAUUGGAAAACUUUCUGGAGAGCUGGAGCAUCUGAAAAGGCAACUAAAUGAUUCCAGUCAGAAGCAUAAGGAAGCACUAGCUCAGAAAAAUAUUGAAAUCAAACAGCUGAUUGAGGCAAAAGAAAAAGCCACAUCGGACUUGGCUAUUAAAUCUGAGAUGGAUGCUCAACUACAGAAAGCAGUAGAUACACACAAAAGCGAAUUUAGUGCCUUGCAGAAUGAGCUGUCUCGUUCUCUUGAUCUCCUCGCUCUAAAGGAAGGGGAAGUAGAAAGACUUAAUAAGGAGGCUGCCCUAAGACAAGAGGAAAUACAGCAGCAGCAACAAACCAUAACUAAGCUCACUGAAGAAGAAACGGCAUUGGCUGCACUUAAAGAUAAGGUCGCCCUGCAGGAAAAAGAGAUCAAGCAGCAAGUCCAGGCCACUAAAGGUGCUGAAGAAGAGAUGGCUAAAUUGAAAUCUGUAAUUUCUGAAAAAUCAAAAAGAAUUGAAUGUUUGGAACAGGACAUCCAGAACCAGAAGAGAGACCUUUCUUGCAUUCAAGAGCAGCAUCAAAGAAAACUUGGUGAGUCCCAAGGGCUUCAAGCUCUUAUUGCAGAUCUGGAAAAAAAGUGCAAAGAGCAGAAGGAACUGAUUUGUGAGGCCCAAAAUAAGGCUGCUGAGGCAAAAACGUUGGCCUCAGAAAAGGCUUCAGUGUCCGAGAGGCAGUUAGAAGGAAUCCAAGCUUUAGAAAUUGAAAUCAAUAAAGAGAGACAAAAGGCUUGUGACCUUCAGAGGCAGCUGGAGCUUUCUUGGGCAGUGCAAGAAGAAAAGGAAACCGAGCUACAAGCCUUGAAGAAAGAGUUGUUUCAUAAAGUUCAAGAACUGGAACAGAGUCAGAAAUCUUUUACUGACUCAAGUGGUGAGCUCUCCUCUAUGCUUUCUGAGGCUCAGGAGAGGCAGCAAGCCUUAACAGAGGCUAAGGAACAAGCAGAACAGUGCCAGAAGGAAAUUGAUAUGAAGAAUAAAGAGGUGAAUAGCCUGCAAGCAGAAAUUAAAAUCUUGAGUUCUAAAGUGACUACCAAUGAAGAAGUGUCUGUAGAUUUUGAGCAACGGCUAUUGAAGGAAACCAGUAAAAGCGCAAAGCUAGAAGAGAAGAUGCAAAAGCUCCAUGUGGAAUUAGAGGCAUCUUUUAAGGAGCUGCUUGAAAAGAAUUGUGCAAUUGAUUGUUUAACGACAGAAGCCCAGAACUUGAAAGGAGAAGCAGAUCAGCAAAGAAUGGCAGUUGACAGCCUUCAGCAGAAGCUUUCCUCCAAAGCAGAAACAAACCAUACUUUGCAGCAGGAAAUUCAGGCCUGGCAGAAGAACUGUGCUGAGAAGGAACAGCAAAUCUGUUCUCUUCAACAAAAUCUCAAGAGCAAUCAAAGCCUAUUGGAGGAGUUUGCAUCCCUAAAACGCAGUUACCAGGAAAUCAUUGCAGAACGGGAUCUAAUGCAAGAGAAGCACCAGGAGGAACUUCUAAGCCAUAAGAAGCUAACUGAGAGGUUUCAAGCUGAACUAGAAAAGGCCAAGGAAGACAUGACAGAAAUUGUUUUACUUAAGGAGAAACUUCACAACCAAGAGCUUCAGUUACAUAAAUUUCAAUCUGAGAACAGCUAUAGUUUGACCCAAAUAUCCCAUCUUCAGCAGGUUAACAGUCAGCUUCUUGGUGCAAACCAGAGUUUGUCUCAAAUUUCUGAUCAGGGUGCAAAGAAACUGGAAAGCGAGAUGUCUACCCUCAAGGAGCAGCAUAAGGAGGAGAUGAAGACUCUCCGGCUGCAGUACGAGAAGACUCUAAGAGAAGGCAACAAGCAAGUACAAGAAACCAGCCUUCAACUGGAAACUGUGACCAGCAAAUAUGACCAUGUGAAGAGCAAGGUUUUGAAAGAUCAGAAAACAUUCCAAGAAGAGAAGCAGAGGCUCCUUCUUCAGGUGGAAGAGCUGACGGCAGCAAAGAAAGAGCAAAGUGAGCAGGUGCAGGAGCUGAACAAGCAACUGAGCCAGCAGGAGAAGACCAUAAGGAGCCAGCAGCAGAAGCUGAAGCAGCGGGAGGGUGAGACUCAUGAGGAGGCUGAUAAGUCCCAUAAGAGAGUACUGGAGUUAGAGUCCCAGCUGGAGCAGCAGAUUCAGGCUGUGGAACAUUACAAAGCUCAGAUGGAGAAAGCCAAGGUGCACUAUGAUGCCAAGAAGAAGCAGAACCAGGAGCUGAGCGAGGAGCUGCAGAGCCACAUUAAACAGCAGGAACAUCUAAGCAAGGAAAAUGCAGAUUUAAAGGCAAAAUCUGAGCAACUCCAUAAGGAGCUACAGCAUUCGCUGCUCCAGAGCAAAGAGGUGGAGCAAAACUGCAAGAACCUGUCUAAUCGAGUCAGGAGUUUGGAGGCCCAGUUGGAGUACACUGACCGGCAGCUGCGAGACCCGGGGAAGUUCCAGUUGGCUACUGAUUCCAUGAAGAGUCGGGACACUUUCUGUGCCCCCCGUCAGACAAGGAGCCAUGCAGAUGUCAGUAUAGACAGCCUGGACUUGAGCUUCGGGGAGGACCAGCUUAUGAACUCAACAAGUGAGCGCUGCAACGAGGAACCUGCCACAUCAUCAGUCCAUGUCAGCAGUCCGGAUUCCCUUAUCUCAGGCCAACUCCCCAAAAAGGUUGAGUCUCUGGAAAGCCUCUACUUCACACCCAUCCCCACCCGGGCACAGUCCAAACUGGAGAGUAGCAUUGGUUCCAUUGGGGAUCUGUCCUUAGACUCCAGCAAGAAGACACAGUCUGCAAGAAGACGUACCAUGCAGAUCAUCAACAUCACAAUGACCAAGAAAACUAAGGAGGAACCAGAACCAGAGAGUGCCAACACAUCAUUCUACAGCCUGCGGUCGGCUCCGUCCUAUCAGAGUCUACACCUACAGAACCCCAGGAGGGCUGGCCGUCCCCCGGCAGCUAUUUCUGCCCCAGCACUGGCCAGUCUCCCAUCCCAGGAGUCCCUGGCUAAGACAGAACACUUCUCCUCUGAUGACAGCUUGAAUAACUUGCCUGGUUACCAGCAUCCCACACGUAGAUCUGCAAGGCUUUCACAGACUGGAGGCAGAAGCAGUUUCUAUAUGAGCACUUGCCAGGACGAGCCAGACCCACAGGAUGACUGGACCCGGAUUGCUGAACUACAGGCCAGGAACAAGACCUGCCCACCCCACCUCAAGACUUCCUACCCACUGGAGUCCAGGCCGUCAAUCUUUAGCUCCACCAUUACUGAUGAGGAGGUCAAGUUAGGAGACCCUAAAGAGACGCUCAGGAGGGCCACCUUGCUGCCCGGCCAGAUUCAAGAUUCCAUGACCAGCACCCGCAGACAGACCUUGGCUGUCCCAGGGGCAGAGCAUUUGAAGGGGCACAACAUCAGCACCAGGCAGCAGAUGAAGCGUGUGUCAGAGGAAUCCCAUUAUGGUCCAGACACCCCAGAAGCCAAGAAGACGGCGACUUGCUUUCCUCGACCCAUGACCCCAAAGGAUAAACACGACGCACGCAGAGUGUCCACUAUGGAAAGCAAAGGAAGUUCCAGCCAUCAGCAGGCGCAGCCAACUCGCCGACAGGCUACAGCAUUCAGCAUUUUCAACACCCCCAAAAAGCUAGGCAACAGCCUUCUGAAGAGAGGCCUUAACAAAAAAACAACUCCCAAAAAUAGUCCCCGGGGGCGGGGAGCAAACGGCAGCACCAGCAGCACCUCCAACAAACCCUCACACCUCUCUCUCCACAAAUCCCCCAGCCGGCGUUCUCCAAGGGUCUCCACUGCAAAGUCACCAAGAGCUUCCAACAAGGUGGGCCAGGAGCUACAGAUACAGUUGUUUGAGCGCAAGCAGCAGAGGAACAAGUAGAGGGAGGGGGCCGCACUCCCCUAGAGACUGUCGUUCUAUUUAAGCCACGCACUACCGGAAGGAUUGGCACAAGGUGGGGCAGCAUGGGACAGCCGCGUAUUUAGUGACGUUCCCGAGAUUUGGAAUUUUUUUUUCUUUAAGCAAACUUGUAACCAGCCAGCUACACGGGGGCAACGACUGCGCGUCACUGCUGAGGCUUUGCCCCCGGACUCUAAGCCAAAGUCACCGUCUAGAACGUGAAUCCAAAGUGGAACUUCCUGGAUUUCUAUUGGGAAUUGUCCGGAUGAGCUUUAUUUGCUUUCAGAUGGUACAUUGGUGCCAGCAGGGCCCUCGUUUUCUGUUGCCCACAUGGGUAAGCGAAUUCCUUUAGUGCCUUAUUGCUCUGUCUCUGUUUAUUUAUUAUAAAUACCACCCCAUUCAAGCCCAAUGCACUUCCCAUUGAAUUACUACCCCGUUUGUCACCUGCAAAGGGAACAAUUUACCCUCUUACUCCCAUCCCUGCGCAUUAGUCAUUCUCAGUGUCGGCUCUCGGUGCCGGCUCUCAGUGCUAGGUCUUGGUGUCGGCUCUCAGUGCCAGCUUCCCUUCAGUAGAGGCUCAGUAGUUGUGUAAUCAUGAGCCAGAGCCAUUCUUAUCUCUGCUGCACUGUGUAAUACAAUAUAUAUAAUAUACACAGACACACAAGAAAUAAGGGAAGCCUCCCAUAUGUUUGAUUUCUCU